GGCGCCCGCGCGGCGGCCAUUUUGUCUUAUCGGCUCCUCUUUAGAGGAGGCUUUUCGGCCUGCGAGAGGGCCAAAGGGGUUGGCGACUGUGUCGCCGGCGUUUUUUUUUGGCGGGUGCCAGGGCAGGUGGGAGCAGCCGCCCGAGAAAAGCACCAUGAUUUCGGCCGCGCAAUUGUUGGAUGAGUUAAUGGGCCGGGACCGAAACCUCGCCCCGGACGAGAAGCGCAGCAACGUGCGGUGGGACCACGAGAGCGUUUGUAAAUAUUAUCUCUGUGGUUUUUGUCCUGCGGAAUUGUUCACAAACACUCGUUCUGAUCUAGGUCCAUGUGAAAAAAUUCACGAUGAAAACCUUCGAAAACAGUAUGAGAAGAGUUCUCGUUUUAUGAAGGUUGGCUAUGAGAGAGAUUUUCUGCGAUACCUACAGAGCUUACUUGCGGAAGUAGAACGUAGAAUUAGACGAGGCCAUGCUCGUUUGGCAUUAUCUCAAAACCAGCAGUCCUCUGGGGCGGCUGGCCCAACAGGCAAAAAUGAAGAAAAAAUUCAGGUUCUGACAGAUAAAAUUGAUGUACUCCUACAGCAGAUUGAAGAAUUAGGAUCUGAAGGAAAAGUAGAAGAAGCCCAGGGGAUGAUGAAGUUAGUUGAACAGCUAAAAGAAGAGAGGGAAUUGCUUAGGUCCACAACCUCGACAAUUGAAAGUUUUGCUGCCCAAGAAAAACAAAUGGAAGUUUGUGAAGUGUGUGGAGCCUUUUUGAUAGUAGGAGAUGCCCAGUCCCGAGUAGAUGACCAUUUGAUGGGAAAGCAGCACAUGGGCUAUGCCAAAAUUAAAGCUACUGUAGAAGAAUUAAAAGAAAAGUUAAGAAAAAGAACUGAAGAACCUGAUCGUGAUGAGCGUUUAAAAAAGGAGAAGCAAGAACGGGAAGAAAGAGAAAAAGAACGGGAGAGAGAAAGAGAAGAAAGAGAAAGGAAAAGACGGAGAGAAGAGGAAGAAAGAGAGAAAGAAAGGGCUAGAGACAGAGAAAGAAGAAAGAGAAGUCGUUCACGAAGUCGGCAUUCAAGCCGGACCUCAGACCGAAGAUGCAGCAGGUCUCGGGACCACAAAAGAUCACGAAGUAGAGAAAGAAGGCGAAGCAGAAGUAGAGAUCGACGAAGAAGCAGAAGCCAUGAUAGAUCAGAAAGAAAGCAUAGAUCUCGUAGUCGGGAUCGAAGAAGAUCAAAAAGCCGGGAUCGAAAGUCCUAUAAGCACAGGAGCAAAAGUCGGGACAGAGAACAAGAUAGAAAAUCCAAGGAGAAAGAAAAGAGGGGAUCUGAUGAUAAAAAAAGUAGUGUGAAGUCCAGUAGUCGAGAAAAACAGAGUGAAGACACAAACACUGAAUCAAAGGAAAGUGAUACUAAGAAUGAGGUCAAUGGGACCAGUGAAGACAUUAAAUCUGAAGUGCAGCGUAAGUAUGCACAGAUGAAGAUGGAGCUAAGCCGAGUAAGAAGACAUACAAAAGCAUCUUCUGAAGGAAAAGACAGUGUAGUCCUGCAAAACAUUUUGAGGUACAUUGUUUUGUCUCAGCUAUUUUGUAGCAGACUCGUGCCCCCAUUAGUGUGCCUCUUUGGAAAUUAUUGCCCACGUUUGUAAUAUAGUCGCCAUUGAAAAGUUAAUUAUCCUUUUUUUAGGGAUUUUGCUGUCAUUUCUUUUUUUUUUCUUUUUUUUAAUAAAAAGGUUGAACUGUUUUUUUUUUUUUUUUUCUUUUUGGUAUUAAGUCCAUCUUGUGUUGAUACAUUGGCAGAGACAUAUGCUUUAAAAACUUAAAUAUUUCGGAGGCACAUGUUGGACGACUUUGUUUUAAUUAAACUGCUAGUAUUUCUUUGUCAAGGAUGUUUCUAGUUUUUUGCUUUAUUGCCUUGCAUUCUAAUGCAGUUUGUUCUGUAACUCGAGAGCCAGUAGCAUUGGAUUGAUGGAAGUGUAGGGUUUAUGAAUUAUUGCAGCUGACUACCAUACCUCACACAGCGUUGGUGUUGUGAGCGGCCCAUGAAAAGCCAAAUUAAAAAUCAAGGAUUCAGUCAAACUAAGCAGGUACUCAUGCCAGGUACUCCUUUCUCUACCCACAUCCAUGUUUGAAUGCUAUUGCCUGUGAUCUUUACGCUUAACUGUUGUGUAUCUUUUUUGUUCUUUACAAGAAGCACAGAGGGGUUUUUUGUGUAUUGCGUGAAAACUUAAAAAUCAAAUGUUAACAGAAUGGAAUUUUUUUUCAACUGUAUGUAGGGAUGCAGUGGUGCCCAGAAUUAGAUAUCUUUAAAGAAUUUUAAAUACAAUAAACACUUCAUAUUAUUCGCCUUGUUACAUUCAAUGCAAUUCUCAAGUCUUUAAGAGGUAUGUGUUUAAUAUUUCCUACGGUGUAGGAGCAUUUGCAGUCAGCCAUAGGUACGUAGGCGUAGUCACUGGCUGAUAACAUAUAAAGCAGCAGUGAGUAGCAAGGACAGACACCUUCAAUCUCUGAAACACAAAGAACUGAUGAAUCGUAUAGAGUGAAUUUGGGUUUUUAAAGAACGAUUAAAAGUUAGGUUUUAUGAGUUCUUAAAACCUAUAAACUAUUCAUUCUUUGGGCUAGUCUAGUGGCUUGGGAUAAAAUCAGUACGUGAAAGGGAGUACCAAUUAGUUGGUUUGUCGAUGGCUUUCUUCCUCUAGGACAGCCAUAUAGUGUUCCGUGUGUGAGCCACCCACAUAUAGGGAAGCAUACACAGGCAAAGGCUUUUAAGUCCACACUGAUGCCUUGAGAAUUAAAAAGAAUACAAACAUUCCAUAUACAUAUAUUAAUUAGCAGUUAGUGACUGGGCCAACACUUAGUCAUAAAAAUUUGCCUUUUACAUGUUGCCUAAUUAUCAUUUUCCCCCAAAUUUUGCAUUGUAGGACUACUGUUCGAAGAUUUUUGGAAGAAAACUGAAAACAGCAUAAAGUGAAGAUCGACAUUAAAAUGAGGUGAAAGAAAACUAUAGUGGCAUAGAAAAAGUAUAAAGCUCAGUUAGUUGUUUUUUUGUUUUGUUUUGUUUUGUUUUGUUUUUUUAUUAAAAAUUAAUUCAGGACUGAUGUGACCUUACCAGAUUUCAGAAACAUGUGUUGAUAGUAUAUAUAUGCCACUGAAAACUUAGGUCCUGUAUCAUAUUUUUUUUCUUUAAGACUUUUUAAGAAAUAUUACCUAAACAUGUGGCUUGCUCAGUGUUUAAUUGCAAGUUUUCAUUCUUGGACUUUGAAAACAGGAUUAAACGUUAGUAUUUGUGUGAAUCAGACUAAGUGGGAUUCCAUUUUUACAACUCUGCUAUUAUCUAGCCUUUGGAUUUAGAAGUGAAAAUAAAGUAUCUCUGACUUUCUGUUACAAAUUUGAUUGUCUCUGUCAUUGAAAAGUUUUAGUAUUAAUCUUUUUCUAAUAAAGCUAUUGACUCUGAA